AGCCGCCCCUGCUCUUUAUAGAAAUUGUAAUUUAGAUUUCGCAAUCCACAUAUAUCUAAAAAUAGCACUGUAGCUAAAAAUAAUUCCUUUGGCAACUCUUCAAUUAGUAGUUAAAUAUGAAUCGAUAUCUAGUAGCCUAGCUUCUCUAAAAUUCUCCUUAAGCAAUAAUAACAAACCACAUGACAUCAACAAGAACUACCAGUAUAAUAAGCUCUACGAGCACAAACGACCUGACACCUAUAAGAACGGCUAUAGGUAUAGAUUUAGGUACGACUUAUAGUUGUGCUGCCAUUUUUAAGAACAAUAAGGUUAAGAUUAUAGUCAAUGACCAAGGUAAUAGAACUACACCUUCAUAUGUUGCAUUUACUGAUACAGAUAGAUUAGUGGGAGAUGCAGCCUAUUACCAAGCCCAGUUCAACCCUAGAAACACUAUAUUUGGAGCUAAACGAUUAAUUGGUAGGGAAUUUGACGAUGAUAUAGUUCAAUCUGAUAUUAAACAUUUACCCUAUAAAGUGGUCGAUGUAAACAAUAGACCAUAUAUUGAGGUCGAUGCGUGUGGAGAUAUGAAGAAAUUACCAGCAGAAGAGGUGGGAUCAAUGAUAUUAGCAAAGUUGAAAGAAGCUGCCGAGUCUGCAUUGGACCGUGAAGUCACUGAUGCUGUUAUAACUGUACCUGCUUAUUUCAAUGACUCGCAAAGGCAAUCUACCAAAGAUGCAGCCACAAUUGCGGGACUAAAUGUUUUGAGAAUAAUCAAUGAACCAACAGCAGCCGCUCUUGCGUAUGGUCUUAACAAGUUGGACGACGACCAUGAUAAUGACUUCAUGAAGAAAAGACCUACAGCUACAGGAUUAGCUGUACAGACUGAUUUAAGCGAAGGAAGAAAUAUAUUAGUUUAUGAUCUUGGUGGAGGAACGUUUGAUGUUUCAGUAUUAAAUAUUCGCGAAGGCGCCUUUCGAGUGAAGGCUACAGACGGAGACACUCAUCUAGGAGGGGAAGACUUUGACAAUAGACUUAUGGAAUAUUUUGCAAGGGGCUUUAAGAAAAUCACUUCAAAGGAUGUAGCUUCUAAUGAAACUGCAAUAGGAAAGUUGAAGAAAGCCAGUGAACAAGCCAAGCGUGUAUUAUCAACCAAUUCCAUGGUUAGAGUUCAAGUCGAUCUGUUAGUUGAUGGAGUAAAUCUUGAUAUUACUAUAACCAGAGCUGAAUUUGAAGAUUUAUGUUCCGACUUAUUUAAAGCUACUCUAGAUACGGUUAAAAGUGUCUUAACAGCAGCAGGACUAGAAAAAUACGCAAUUGAUGAAAUUAUUUUAGUUGGUGGAUCUACUCGUAUUCCCAAAAUUCAAAAAUUGGUAACUGAAUAUUUCGGUGAUAAAAAUCUAAAUAAAUCAAUUAAUGCCGAUGAAGCAGUUGCUUACGGUGCUGCUAUUCAAGCUUCAAUGUUGAUCAAUGAUGAAACUUCUACAAUUACAAAUCACGUAAGUCUACAAGAUGUGAAUUCACAAUCAUUGGGUAUUCGAGUCGUGGGUGGUGAAAUGAGCAUAGUGCUACCACGAAAUACACCCCUUCCAGCCUCAGCUUCUAAAACUUAUUAUAACUCUCAAGAUUAUCAAACUAUGAGAAAACAUGCAGUCUUUGAAGGAGAGCAAAAAUUGGUGAAAGAUAAUCACUUGUUAGGUGAAUUUGAUUUAAGAAAUAUCACAAAAGCUAAAAAGGGAGAGGCACCAGUUUUGGUAACGUUUUCACUAGAUCGUAAUGGUAUUUUAAAUGUUAGUGCAGUUGAUCAAGGGACUGGUUCUAAAGGAAGUAUCACUGUUAAGAAUGAAUCAAACAGAUUGAGUCAGGACCAGAUCAAAGAACUUAUUUCAAAUGGAGAAGUAUAUAAGCAGAAUGAUCAAGAAGAAUUAAUGAGGGUUGAGUCUAGAAAUGAUUUGGAAAGCUAUGUAUACACAGUAAGGGAGGCAUUCGAAGAUCAUAAGACUGAGCUUUCACCAUCAUAUAGGAGUUUUGUAGAACGUGAAAUAAAGAGCACACGUGAAUGGAUUGAAAAUACCAGAAGAGGAUCUAUUGAAGAAUACAAAUAUAAACAUGAUUGGUUUAAGCAAAAUGUGCAUCCCAUAAUGUUUCCAUAUUUGACAAAUCAAUAAAAAUGUAAUUAUGAAUUUAUUUGGGAAAUCCAAAUUUAUUGGAUAUAGAACUAUAUUGUUAAACAAAGGAUAAUAUUUACAUUUGAUUGAGUAUUGAUGAGUUGUAGACUAUUUCUUAUCUCUAUCUUAUCUCACCAU